UGACAGAAUGAAGCCAACGUUCCAUUCUUGGUUGUCUCCUCUUUGUGGUGGAGCGGAACUAGCAGCCGUGCAACCUGAUGAGGGCCAAGUGACCUUUGAGGAUGUGGCUGUGUAUUUCACAGAUGAGGAGUGGGCUCUUCUCGAUCCUGACCAAAGAGCCCUGCAUGUGGAAGUUAUGGAGGAGAACUGUGGGAAUUUGACCUAUCUGGAUAAUGGUUGGGACAGCAAGAAUGAGGAGCAAGAAGAUAGAGUAUUACUGGAAAGUGCCACAUGUAUAGAAGAACAACAGCAGAGCAAGGAGACUGAGGAAAAAGAGAAUAGGAACACUGCUUGGCCUACUUCUCAGGGUGGUGAUGUCUAUGAAAUCCCAGACCAGGAAAAAACAGAUAAAGGGAAAGAAGUCUGUGUGUGCCUGGUAUGUGGGGAAAGUUUCAACAGUAAGUCUAACCUUAAAGCUCAUGUGAAGAUGCAUAAAGAGGAAAAACCAUUUAAAUGCUCAGACUGUGGGAAGAGCUUUUCUCAGAGGAAAGGCCUUAUUCGACAUCAGAGAAUUCACACAGGAGAGAAACCCUACACCUGCUUGGAGUGUGGGAAGAGCUUCCGUCAGAGUGCGGCUCUCAUCACACAUCAGCGCAUUCACACAGGGGAGAAACCAUAUACUUGCUUGGAGUGUGGAAAGAGCUUCUGCCAGAAGACGACGUUGGUUCGCCACCAGAGAAUUCACACAGGUGAGAAACCAUAUGCUUGCCUGGAAUGUGGAAAGAGUUUUAGUCAUAGAUCACAGCUGACGUCUCAUCUAAGAGUCCACACAGGAGAAAAACCAUAUACGUGCUUGGAAUGUGGCAAGAGCUUCAGUCAGAAUACAAACCUUACUUUACAUCAAAGAACCCACACAGGGGAGAAACCAUUUCGAUGCUUGGAAUGUGGAAGGAGCUUCAGUCAUAGUUCAACUCUCAUGGCACAUCAGAGAACUCACACAGGGGAGAAACCAUUUACGUGUGUCGAUUGCGGACAGAGCUUUGCUCAGAAUGCAAGCCUUAUUUUCCAUCAAAGGACUCACACAGGGGAAAAACCAUACACUUGUUCAGAAUGUGGAAAAAGCUUUAGUACAAGCACAAGCCUCACCUCACAUAGAAGAAUCCACACAGGGGAGAAACCAUAUACUUGUUCUGAGUGUGGGAAGAGCUUUUGUACAAGUACAAAUCUUGUUACGCAUCAAAGAAUCCAUACAGGGGAAAAACCAUUCAAGUGUUCUGAGUGUGGGGAAAAUUUCCGUAAAAAAGCACACCUCCUUCGGCAUCACAUGACACACACAGGCGAGAAGCCAUAUAAGUGCUUGGACUGUGGGAAGAGCUUUAGUGAGAAAAGGAACCUCAUUUCUCAUCAGAGAAUCCACUCAGAGUAUUGGAAUGGGGAUCCUCGAAGCACUAAUUGGGUUCCUUCCUCUCUAAAUUCAGAGAUUCUCCCUAUUGCCCAGGAAUCAAGUUCUUUCCAGAACCCUCUGAGUCAGAAAUCUAAACAAGUAGAAAGUCUAGAGUGUUUUACUCUAUUUCUAAAUGAAUAGAAAGGUCAUUUGUCAAACCUUACUUGGUUACAAAACUUCAGUUUUAGCAAAUAGAAGAGGGGAAAAAAACCUAAAUUAACUUUAUAAAUAAACUAAAGUUUGAAAUAAUAAUAAAACAAAAAGAACAUUGGCAAAAACAUUGAUUUAAAUGUAAAGGUUGGCAGGAUUGUGGGGCACCUCUUAGGUGUAUCUCACACUACACAGUUAUAGCCUUGGGAUCCCAUUUUAACCGUCAUGGCUAAAUUCAGCAGAAUCCUGGGAUUUUUAGUUGGCUAAGGCAUUGCAGCUCUUUGUCAGAGAAUUCAAAUAUUACACAAAACUACAAUUCCAAGGAUUCUGGAAAGAUGGGAAAUCAGCAGAUAAGACUAUUGGGUAGAUAAGAGGACCAACAGAAGACACUCAUUAGGCUUCUAUAGCAUGUUUUCCAUGGAGCUUUUAUACAUAUUGUAUCUUUUUAAACUAGUUGUAAAAGGUCUGUUCUUGCAUGUGUUACUCUGGACACAUACUGCUGGGAAAAACAGAACUCAAACUAAGAUCCUGUUCACCAGUUCCGCAGUGUAAAAUUAUCAGCUCUGUUACAUCAGAGUUGCAGUCCAGUUGUACAAACUGGGUGUACAAUGGGUGGUACAGCUGUGCACUUUUUAGUUGUAAGAGAAGGAACCCAGUCCUCACAUCCAUUGUAAAGCACUGUGCUUCCAAAACCUCCUGGGCAGUCCAAGCACUGGUGCAAUGGUUUAUGCUGGUGUAGAAUGUCUGCAAUCAUGAGCAAGUGCACACUCUUACCUAACCUUUGACAAAGUGCUUCUGUAACCUUAUUAAUGAAUAACAGCAUUGAUGUCUGCAACAACAACAAUUCUGGCCUGUGAGUGCAAUCCUAUACCUAUAUCUAGUCUAUCCUAUACCUAGUUACCUGGGAAUAUGUUUCACAUGGCAUAGAAUUAUAUAGUUGAAAGUGACCACAAGGUCCAUCCAGUCCAACCCCCUGCCAUGCAGGAACACAGUAUCAAAGCACCCCCAACAGAUGGCUACCCAGCCUCCUUUUAAAAACGAAAAAAGGAGGCACCACCAUAGUUGGAGGCGGCAUAUUCCACUGUCAAACAGCCCCCAAAGAUCCAUCUCUAGGAGGGAUGCACAGAGAAUCCUCCCCCUUUCUUCUUCCCCAUAGAAUCGUAGAGUUGACAGAGACCCCAAGGACCAUCCAGUCCAACCUCCUGCCAUGC